AAGAGGGCGGGUCACAAUCUAGCAGCGACCGUCUCCUGGGCGGUGUGUGUGAGUGUGUGUGUCGCGAGGCUCGAGAGCAGUGUUAGCACAGCUAGCGCGAGGCUCCGUUCUCUUCACUGAGAGUUAGUCGUUAGCCGCUAGCCGCUAGCCGCGAGCUCAUUUUAGUAAGUGAUCAUGGCGGCGGUGCGCAGCCUGCGGGUGUCUGUGAAGUCCGAAAGCGCGUCCGACCGGUCCGAGUCAGACUCGGAAUCGGACUCGGAUCGAGAUGCCCGGGAAGCGGAGCCCAUGGAGGUGGAGGAGGGAGAGCUGCAGCUGGAGUCCAUCCCUGUUCGCCGAAGUUUAAAGGAGCUGUUGCCGGACACCAGCAGACGUUAUGAAAAUAAGGCUGGUACCUUUAUCACUGGAAUCGAUGUCACGUCUAAGGAGGCCAUUGAGAAAAAGGAGAAGCGAGCAAGAAGAUUUCAUUUUCGCGCUGAAGAAAAUCUAGCUCAGAGAAAUGUUGUUCUAGAUCGGGAUACGAUGAAGAAAGCGAUCCCAAAGGUGCGUCUGGAAGCCCUACACAUGGGUGGAGUUGAUGACAUGAGCACUCAGGAUAUUUUUGGCUACUUUAAAGAGUAUCCGCCUGCCCACAUUGAGUGGAUAGAUGACACUUCCUGCAACGUGGUGUGGCUAGACGACAUUACUUCAACCAGAGCUCUUAUUAACUUGAGUCGGAUGCCAGACAAAAAAGAGGUCACAAACACAGACAGCUCAAAACCAUCUGAACUUUCAGACCAGCCGCAGAAAGCUCGGCGAAACCGUGGCUCUGAUGAUGAUGAUGAUGAUGAUGAGGAGGAGGAAGUGGAGGAGGAGGAAGGCGAGGUAGAUGAUGAUGAUGUGGUGGUGAAAGCAGAUAAGAGCAGGAGCAGUGAUGGCAGUGAGGGUAAAGCUAGUGACAUUGAGGAAGAGACUGAAAAGAAACCACAGGAAACCGCUGAGACAAGCCUGCUUUCCCAAGCAGAACGAGAGUCUCUUCUCCAGAAUGAUCUGCGACCCACAGUCAAGCCCUUUAAAGACAACAAGCUGUUCUUGCGCUUUGCCACUCAUGAUGACAAAAAGGAGUUGGGUGCAGCCAGGAGAAGUCGGUACUACAUGAAAUAUGGGAAUCCAAACUAUGGUGGCAUGAAAGGCAUUUUAAGUAACUCUUGGAAACGGAGGUAUCACACACGCAGAAUCCAGCGUGACGUUCUGAAGACCAAAAAGUCUCUGAUUGGAGACAGUAUGGGACACACCCCACCUUACACUCAUCGACACUCUGCUGACCUGGUGAAUCUGCCAGAAGAGCCUAUAGAAGAGGAGGAGGAAGAAGAAGAGGAGGAUGGAGAGGAAGACAUGGAUGCUGAUGAUAGAGUGGUGGAGUACAAAGAUCGGGGAGACAGGGAACGGGGGCCACGGCUAGGAGAAGGAGGCCUGCGUAGUCGUUUAGGAGGCCCGUCGCCUGCAUCUUCAGAUUCGGAUGAGAUGGACUACGAUCUGGAACUGAAAAUGAUCUCAACGCCCUCUCCCAAAAAGAGUAUGAAGAUGACUAUGUAUGCUGAUGAGGUAGAAACCAACCUUCGCAGUCUUCGAAACUCCAUACGGACUGAAACAAGCAGCAGUGUUAAGAGUCGCAUUGGUGGUGGUGGUGGUGGUGGUGGUGAAGGAGGUGGAGGUGGAGGCUCGUCCAAGUCUACAUCAGAAAAAGUGACAGAUGUGAGGCAGUUACUGGAGGAGAAGAGGCAGGGACUCUCUCAGCAGAGAUCACGCCCCCCAGUGACUACAAGCGGCAAGACGGACGUGAGACAGAGAUUAGGCAAAAGACCACACUCUCCGGAGAGACGUCGCUCUGUCUCUCCCGUCAUCUCUAGAAAGGCAGUGUCUCGGAGAGAGCCUUUGACAGACGUGCGCAGCCGACUUGGAGUGGCAAAACACGAGAGCCGUAGUCUCUACUCGGAGUCCCCGAAAGACAAGAAAACAGGAGGCCUGUGGAGCCGCCUCGGCCCGUCUCAUAGGGACGAUAGAGACGAUGACAAGGCUUCUUCCCGAGCGUCUUCCUCAAGAGGAACAAGGCGAGGAGAUGACGAAGAAUCUGACGGAGUUGAUGACAAUGAAGAGGAUGACACUCAACUGCAGAAGAUGUGGGGAGCAAUGAUCAAGCAGAAGGAGCAGCAGUCCAACAAGAUGAAGAAAAGCCGGCUGGACAACUUGCCCUCUCUGCAGAUCGAGAUCAGUCGGGACAGCAGCAACGGCUCGGACAGUGACUCUUGACUGACUCCUGUAGGAAGUGUGGGAAUCGGAGGAAUGAUGAACGCUGUGGAAGAGAGUUGGAGAACAUCUCUAGUAGACUGGGCCAAGAGACCCUGACAUGUAUACUUUAACAUUCCCACACUCCCACUCUUGCCUGUCUACGGACUUUGCAGAUGUUUUCUUUAGUCCUCUCUCCAGGAACCAACUUUGAGAGCGCUAUUUGGAACAAGAGAGGGCUGAUUGAGUUUUUUGUUUUGUCAGUUCAAAGAAAGGGCAGUGGAUGAGUCCCUCUUGUGUUGUUUUUCUUCAAAAGAAAAUUAUUUGGUUGUAUUUAACAAAUUGAGGACCCAUUUUUAAUUUACCAGGUUGACGAAAACAGUCCUGUGAUUUGAUGUACUGACUGGAAGCAAAGUGAUUGGAUGUCUGUUAGCAAUACAUUUUUUUUUUAAAUCA